AUGGAUCUCGUCAACCACCUCGAAGGAAGACUCCUCUUCGCCGUGCCAAAGAGCAAGUCGUGCCCAAUUCCAACACUGCUCUCCUAUCGGGGCGAGGGCCGUCUCCAACAAGCAACCCUCGAUCUCCUCGCCGGCUCUGACGUUCAAUUCCGUCGCGAAACCCGCCUCGACAUUGCCCUCGUCAAGAACCUUCCCAUUGCCUUGAUCUUCCUGCCCGCCGCCGACAUCCCCACCUUCGUCGGCGAGGGUCGCGUUGACAUCGGUAUCACCGGCCGCGACCAGGUCGCUGAACACGAUGCUACCCUGCCCGCUGGCGAGGUUUCCGGUGUUGAGGAGAUCCUCGACCUCGGCUUCGGUGGCUGCAAGCUCCAGGUCCAAGUCCCGGAGAAGGGGAACAUCACCGAUGCUUCCCAGCUGGUUGGUCGCAACGUCGUGACCAGCUUCACCGCGCUGUCCGACGCAUUCUUCUCUAAGCUGGAAGGUGUUGCGCCUGGCUCCAAGCUGCAGACCAAGAUCAAGUAUGUUGGCGGUAGUGUUGAGGCUGCUUGCGCGCUGGGCGUUGCGGAUGGUAUUGUCGAUCUUGUUGAAUCCGGCGAAACAAUGAAGGCUGCUGGCCUCAAGGCCAUCGAUACCGUCGUCGAGAGCACCGCCGUCCUCGUCAAGUCCCGCAACUCCAAGUCAGAUCUCCUCAACUUGCUCGCCGCGCGUAUCCGUGGUGUUAUUACCGCUCAGCGUUUUGUUCUGUGCCAAUACAAUAUCCCCCGCACUGAGCUGCCCGUUGCUACCAAGAUUACCCCCGGCAAGCGCGCCCCCACGAUCACUGCUCUUGAGGAGCCGGAGUGGGUGGCCGUCUCUUCGAUGGUGGAGAAGAAGCGCAUUGCUACCGUUAUGGAUGACUUGAUUAAGGUCGGUGCCACGGAUAUUCUUGUUUUGAAUAUCGCGAACUCCCGGACGGAUUAG